AUGAAAGAAUCAGUAGGUAGUAAAGUUAAAAGGUUUAUAAAAGGCUUAUGGCUGAAAACGGACCCUAACUUACCAGGAGCAAGACAGAAAACCCCAUUAAAUAUUAGUAGAUUUUACUUGUUAAUUAUUAUAGUAAUAUACACAGCCGUAUCUGCAUGUAUAUAUUUUGACUGGAGUGCAAUAAGAAAAUUGCUGUUAAAUGUAGGUAAAUAUAAACAUUUAAAUUUAGGAGAAUAUAACGAUAUAACGGUAACACCACAAUAUAAAAAAAUAAAUAAUUUAUACCCUAUUACUCUAGCAAUCCAUUUUACUACCUCCGUUUUCUGUGGUUUCUUAUAUGACCAUAUAGGUCCAAAAUUUACAGCAAUGUUAGGACAGAUUUUUAAUAUUAUAUGUUGGCUAUUUUUAUCUAUUGAUAGUACAACUAUAGAUACAACAUUGAUAGGGUUCAUAUUUCUGGGUUUAGGCGCAGACACAGCUUUUAUACCUAUUCUAACAAUAUCUAAUUUAUAUCCAGAUGCAUCCACAUUUAUAUUAACAGUAGUAGGAGCAGCAGCUUCUUUAAGUUAUGCUGUUCCUGCUACAUUAAAUUUAAUAUGCACCCACUAUCCUAAUAUAGCCUUUUCUACCAUAUGCUAUGGCUAUAUAUUGCUUAUUCUAUUGCCUUGUUUACUUAUAGCUAUCUUUUUACUUCCUGUAAAACCAUUUAAGGGGCUGGAUUAUUAUAUUGAAAAUAAUGAAGAAAAUAUAAGGUAUCUAGACGGGUUGGAAGAAGGAGGAGGAGGAAGGGGGGAAAAGUUGAGCAAAGUGUACAUGCACGACGAUGUGGAGCUUCAGCGGAGUAACAUAAAUAGUAGUAACAUAAAUAGUAGUAACAUAAAUAGUAGUAACAUAGGUAGUAGUAACAUAGGUAGUAGUAACAUAGGUAGUAGUAACGUUGGAAGGAGCAAUAUCGGAAGUAGCAACAUCGACGGUAGUGACAAGUCGGCGGAAAAAGUGGGAAAAAAAAAAAAAAAAAAAAAUAAUAAAAAUAAAUUCUUAACAAAUGAAGAAGGGAAUAAGUCUGAACAUACAAAGAGCACAAUUAGUGAUGAUACAAUAAAUAACGAUAAAAUGACAAAUACGUCAAGGAGCAUUGGGGAAGAUGGAGAUGAUUUUCAUAAAAAAAAUAUAUUAUUAUUUUUUAAAAUAUUAGUAAGCUAUCCAAGUAUUUGUAUUAUUACUUAUUUUAUUUUAUUUAAUAUAUCGACCGUUUUCUACGGUAUGGUGACAGAUACAUAUUUUAGUUAUGAUAGAUCAAUUAUAAAUAUUAUUAACAUUUUAAUGCCAAUUUCAUGUAUUCCUUGUAUAAUUUUUGGAAGAUUCAUAAAUAAAUAUGGAGCAGCUAUAAUGAUAAUCCUUAUGAAUGCAUGCUCAGCUCUUAUGCAUCUUACAGCAUUAAUUAAGCAUAAAGUAGCUGGUCUUAUUUCUGCCUUCCUUUAUAUGUGUGUUACUAGUAUAUAUACUAGCCAAAUAUAUUGUUUUAUCCAAAAUUCAUUUCCAUCUACUAUUUUUGGAAAAUUAUUGGGAAUCGCUAGUUUAUGUGGUGGACUCUUUUCCUUACUUUGUGAUAAGCUUUAUGAUCAUAUCAUAAGCAAAGAUGGUACAAGCAUAGAUCCAACCAACGUAGUUGUGCUCCUUGUUAUAGCACUCAUUAUUAUGUUUUUACCCUUAAGUAUUCUGUAUGUUAGAAAAUAUGAAAGAUCUAUUGAGAAUGUGAACCACGACACACAUAUAUAA